AACUUGUCAAGAUGGCACGUCAGCAGGAUGUUGAUGAACUUUUCGAUGUGAAAAAUGCAUUUUAUGUUGGAAAUUAUCAACAAGCCAUUAACGAGGCACAAAAUGUGAAUCCCUCCUCCCCACUAAUAGCACUACAGCGAGACACAUUCCUGUACCGCUCAUAUAUAGCGCAAGGGAACUUCCGGAUUGUUCUGCAAGAGCUGAAGACUGCGGACCCUCUGCUGCAGCCGCUGAAGACGUUGGUUGAUUACCUGUCUCCGGGUGCCAAUAAACCGGCUAUUGUUGCUGAUGUUGAUGCUAGGGUGGCCAAGGGCACAGAACUGGCAAAUGACAUAUUCCUGAUUGUGGCCGCCACUAUUUACUACCAUGAGGACAACUAUGAGGCAGCACUCAAGAUCCUCCACGGAGCCGAGUCCCUCGAGCUACGAGCGUUCACACUACAAUGUCUCCUCGCUAUGAACAGACCGGACCUAGCUCGCAAACAACUGAAGUUGUUGCAAGAUAUUGAAGACGAUGGCACUUUGACGCAGCUGGCACAGGCUUGGCUGAAUUUGUCACAGGGUGGUCCCGGAGUGCAAGACGCUCACUACAGUAUUAUGGAGCUAGCGGAGAGGCUCGGAGCGCUUGGAGCCGGACCAGCCGCUGUGGGCGCGGCCGCUGCUGCUUCUAGAGGCAUGUGGGAGGAAGCUGAACAAAUGUUAAUAGAGGCACAAGCCCGCUGCCCGCAACAACCGGAGCUGCUUCUGGGACUGGCUGUCAGCGCUGCACACAGCUCUAAACCACCAGAGGUAUCAUCCCGCUAUAUAGCGCAGUUAUUAGACACGCACCCAGAACACCCGUUCGCGCGCGAGUACAACGUCAAACUGAACGAACUGAAGCGUCUCACUGCGCAAUACCAACCCUCUGUGGCUAGCUAAAUGUAGGGUAGUUUGUAUGUAACUAUGUAAUAAAUUGUAUUAUCGGAA